AUGGAGAGACCGGUUGAUGCCUUGAUCGUCGGGGCUGGGUUUGGUGGCAUCUACCAGCUACAUCGGCUACGGGAGAUGGGUUUAUCUGUGAAAGUCAUCGAUAUGGCAGGUGACGUCGGAGGCACUUGGUACUGGAACCGUUAUCCUGGCGCAAUGAGUGACACCGAGAGCUUCGUCUACCGGUAUUCAUGGGACAAGGAAGAUUUGCAGACUUACCCCUGGAGUCAUCACUAUGUCAAACAGCCCGAUGUCCUGGCGUACCUCACGCAUGUCGUGGACAAGUAUGAUUUGCGCAAGAACAUGCAACUCAACACAGAGCUUCUGUCUGCCGACUGGAACGAAGACACCAAAACCUGGCACAUUGAGGUUAGCACGGGAGAGACCUUUGUGGCUCGGCAUCUAGUAACUGCUCUCGGCCUCCUUUCAAAGGCGAACUAUCCGGAUAUUCCAGGGCUCAACUCCUUCAAAGGUGAAAUGUGCCAUACAGCAGCCUGGCGACCAGACAUCCAGUUGGCGGGCAAACGUGUGGGUAUCAUAGGAUGUGGUUCAACUGGCGUUCAGGUUAUAACAGACAUUGCCAGCCGAGUCAAGUCGUUAACAUGUUUUCAACGACAUCCACAGUACAGUGUCCCGAGCGGUAAUAAGCCAGUCAGCCCAGAAUAUAGAAAAUGGGUCAAUGAGAACUACGAUGAUAUCCUCUGUCAGGUCAAGAAUUCGAUCUGCGGGUUUGGCUUUGUCGAGUCUGCAGUCCCGUUUCAUCAAAGCUCGCCAGAGCAGCGAGAGCUGGUAUUCGAGGAACUUUGGAACCAAGGAAAUGGAUUUAGAUUCAUGUUUGGUGGAUUUUGUGACAUCUCGACAAACAAGGAGGCUAAUGAGGCAGCCUGUCAAUUUAUCCGGAAAAAGAUAUCUCAGGUUGUGAGAGACCCUGAAAAGGCACGGAAACUGACUCCCCAUGACUGGUAUGCACGAAGACCUUUGUGUGACGGAGGUUACUAUGAACAGUUCAACAGAGAGAAUGUUGACAUUGUGGACUUGAAGGACACGCCAAUGACAGCCAUCACCCAAGAGGGUAUUCAAACCAGCGAUGGAGUUGUGCAUAAGUUGGAUCUCAUUAUCUUCGCUACUGGCUUCGACGCCGUGGAGGGCAACUAUAAUCGAAUACGGAUAAAAGGACGCGGUGGUCGGACUCUGAAAGAGCAUUGGGACCCUCAGGGGCCUACGAGCUACUUAGGGGUUUCUGUACCAGGGUUUCCAAAUCUCUUCAUGAUCACUGGCCCUCAGGGGCCAUUCACCAAUCUUCCGCCGGCGAUUGAAGCACAUGUGGAAUUGAUAAGUCGCUGUAUAGAGCGCGCAGAGAAGGACCGGUUAGAUGGUGCCCAAGGUGUCAUUGAAGCUUUGCCAGAAGCUGAGAAGGAAUGGGGCCAAGAGUGUGAUAGGGCUGCAGAUGGAAGUUUGUUCAAGGAGACUGCGUCGUGGAUCUUUGGCUCUAAUGUGGCAGGGAAGAAGUAUGCUAUGAGGUUUUACUUUGGUGGUUUAGCCAACUAUUAUAAGUAUGUUCAAAGUAUGAUGGAUAAUGGAUUUCGCGGAUUUAAGUCGCCAGUAGAUAAUGCCUAA